AUGUCCAACCCGGCAGAGCCUGUUACCCAGGAAGCCACUGCGCCUGCAGAUUCUACGUUUGCUCCUGCGCCUGCUACCACGAUGGCCGAUGCUGCUAGUCUCGACGUCCCUAUGGCUGAUGCUGGCGAACCUGCUUCAUCCCCCGUCCCGAUCCCGCAGGCCGCCCCGAGCGCCCCCAGUCCUGCUCCUGGCCGAACCGGUACUCCCAACCGCAAUGUCAAUGGUGAGGCUAGCUCUCGUGCUGGCUCAGUUCAUCCCGACACCAAUGCGACGAACUUCCCCAACCGCGCGGUAGAGCACGGCGACAAUGCCCGCAUGUACAUCAACAACCACGUCACCGCUGCUCUGCUCGAGGGCAUGAAGAUUAUCAGCAAGAACCAGCCUGCUAAUCCUCUUCACGUCUUGGGCAACUUCCUUCUCGAGGAGUCCCGUCGUAGAAACGAGCCUUCUGCCUGA